AUGGUCUCUUGGCCGCUCUUUCGGGCGCUUGCCUUGUCUCUCUUUGUCCUCCUUCUAAAUUCGGGCUACGUGGCUUCACGUAAUCUACUUCCCGAGGUUGCUUUGACGGACUAUGCCAUCCGUCACCAGGGGGUCAUUGCCGACACCCCGCCGCUAAUAGGCCCUCUUCUCGAAGGAGACGACGCUGCUCGGAGCCAGCGGCCACUUGACUGCUUUCAGAUCGCCCAGCCAGUCCUGGGUCCCAAAGGUCCCGUCUACCAGGAACUGGGCCGCAGCGAUGACCAGGGGAAAUCGCAGUCUGAUCCCAAGGGCUCAUGUACGGUGCGGUUGAUGGAGCACUCGUUUGGCAACAGCUUUGGCAAGCCUUUCGUCGGCGACUACACGCCUCCUGGCUGUGAUUUCAACCGCGUCAUUGUAAACUUUACUGCCACUUCUGCAGGCCGUCAACUUGACCGACUGGCCCUGUUGUAUUUCGGCGACACGGAGGUGUGGAGGACCUCCACUGCGGAGCCUAGGCUGCCGCCCGGAAUCAUCUGGACCUAUUGGAAGGACAUGACCCCAUACCUUAGCCUAUGGAAGUCUCCUCAAAAGAUCAUUUUCGACCUCCCCAACCUCAUCGACGACAGAUAUACGGGGCCAUUCAAUUGCACCUUGACCGCAACCUUCUUCAAAAGCGAUGCGGUGACAGACAAUGCGCCACCUGCUGACCUCAUCAUCCCCAUCUCAUCGAGGAACGCCUCAUCCAACACCGGCAGUGCCUGGCAAGUGCCAGAGCGUGAAGCCGUGAGUACCGUCAAAUUUCCGCGUAAUGCCAAUCGAGCAGUCUUCUCCGUCUCGGCCAAUGGCCAAGGAACCGAGGAAUUCUGGUGGAGCAAUUUACUCCAAAGCGAUGCCGCAGCUUUCAAUGCCACCAUUGGCAUGGCCCCUGCCGGGAGCCCCUGGCGUGAGGUCCAGGUCCUCAUCGACGACAAGCUCGCAGGCGUGCAGUGGCCAUUCCCUGUCAUUUUCACUGGAGGAGUCGUGCCCAGCUUUCAUCGGCCCAUUGUCGGGCUUGACGCGUUCGAUUUACGAGAGCAUGAAAUUGAUAUUUCUCCCUGGCUCCCGGUUCUGAGCGACGGUAAGGAGCACACGUUCAAAAUCAAGAUUGCUGGUCUCGCAGAUCAGCAGGACCGGGUUGUCUUGAACACAACCGUCGGUAAUUUCUGGGUGGUCUCGGGCAAGGUCUUUUUGUGGCUUGACGAGGAAGGAUCCGUUACAACCGGAAACCCGCCUACUGUCGACAUUCCCGACCCCGACAUUAAGUUGACGGGUCAUGUUCUGAAACAAAACUCGACCGGUGCAAACGAGAGUGUUGCAUUUAAUUUGGAGGUGACGCGUUCGAUCUCAGUCACUGGUGAAGUUGUCUCUAAGAAGGGAACCCAGAAGCCUGUUUGGAGUCAGAAGCUGUCGUACAGCAACCAGGCAACUGUGACCGAGUUUGGUCGCAAUGGAUUCAAUAACUUCAUAAUCACCGGAACUGACGAGCUUAGUGGGCAAGGAUCAUAUCGCACGACAUACUCUUUCCCACUAAUUGUUGAUCAAACCUCAAAUAUGACAGCAGCCGGUGACUUGACACUCGAAGCAACACUAUAUCAAGAGUUGAAGCUAGAGGUCGAAGGCGCUGGCGUUUACCCAACUGGGCUUGAAGUUUACAACAACCCAAACGGCACCAGACAGGGGGAACAGGGCCAGUACAAGGUAUCCAAACUCUCAACGUUCCGUAAUGGCACCGCUUCGUUCAACAUGCCGGCAGACAUGAAGAGUAGUUCAGCGAGUGGCACAACCCGCCAGGUCUUUCAGUUCAGUGGUGGUCUCCGAGACGAGGCACGUGACGUGGAGCUAUACUCUCGCAAGGUAAAAGCUACCAACAACACGGUAUUGUCUGAUGAAGAAAAGUCUGCCGAUGGACAGCCGAGGGUUGUGACCAUCCGAAGCACAUUGGUGGAGAGCAAUUAA